GCAGGGGCUAGGUGGGCUCCAUGGCUCCAGGACAGGGCUCCCAGGGACGGCAGCUAACCGGAGCCCUGGCCACCGGCGGAAAGGGGCCUCGGGACUGACGGCAGGUGCGGAGAGGCCUGGCCCAGGCCUGAGCUGCAGGCUGGGUCAUGGACCCCCACGAGAUGGUAGUCAAGAACCCCUAUGCCCACAUCAGCAUCCCCCGGGCUCACCUACGUCCUGACUUGAGCCAGCAGCUUGAGGCUUCGUCUUCCUCAGAGUCUCAGUCUCUGUCUUGCACCCUGGAGCCUGGCCACCUACAGCAGCCCAGCGAGGCCUCAGGGGCCAAGGGGGCUAAGGAGGCCAAGGGGACCACCUCUGCUCAGGGCUCCUGCACCUACCUCCAGCAUCCUAAUGAGGCGCCAGGGGCCAAGGGGGCUGCCACUGCCCAGAGCUCCUGCACCGUGGAAACUGGUUACCUCCAGCAGCCCAGCGAGGGCCUAGGGGCCAAGGGAGCUAAGGGAGCCAAGGGCCAGCAGGCCUGGCAUCCACCUGGUAAUCCGUACUGCAGCGGGCAGCACUCAGGAGGACUGACCUACUCAGGGCUGCCACCCGUGGCUCGUGGUGAUGACAUUGCCCACCACUGCUGCUGCUGCCCAUGCUGCUCCUGCUGUCAUUGCCCUCGCUUCUGCCGCUGCCACAGCUGCUGCACCAUCUCCUAAUCUCCCUGGGCUGUGGGACCAUAAAGGACCCCUGACAUGGAGGCCCCAGGCCAUGCUCAGGUGGCCACAGCAACACCCAGAUACCUGGGAUGGACACUGGACCAUAACCACGGAUGCCAUACCAUCCACCCUGGACAGGGACACCCAUCCACUGAGGAGGCUGCUACUCAGCUCAGGCCCCUUGAAGUAGAGCCCUAUGCACUGACCAUGAGGGGGACACCACUGCCACCUCCCUUUGGGCCAGGCCGAACAAUAAAUCAGGGUGAGCUUUGUUCUUGCCACAA